AUGGAAAAAGUAUUUAAUGAACUCGUUAUUUCUGCUGCCAUGUUUGAAAAUAAACCUAUUGAUAUUUCACUGUAUCAACCUUAUCCGAACAUGGCACCAUCCCAAGCCCCUGACGAGUUCCCUCAAAAAUCUAAACGUCUGAGGACUUCAUACUCAGCCUUCCAACUAUCUGCUUUGGAAAAAGAGUUCCAUCUCAACAGCUACCUUUCAAGACCCAGAAGAAUCGACAUAGCCCAAUCUUUGGAUCUCAACGAAAGGCAAGUAAAAGUAUGGUUCCAAAACAGAAGAAUGAAGCAAAAGAAGGACAAGGUCAAGGCUGCCGUGUGUGGCAACUCAAGCAACUCCAGCGGUCAUAGCAGCCCUGUAUCAAGCGAAUCUGGAUCUCCUCAACACGAUUCUUCAUCCGAAGAGGACAGGCACAUUGUAAACCAUUUGCUUAACUAUGCACCUGCAGCGAUAAAACAAAACGUCAGACCUGCUCCAUCCUAUGAACCGUACAGGGAUAACUAUGAGCUACCAAGUUUGCCAGUCUACAAUCCUUAUGAAGGUUUUUUCAAUCAAUAUAAACCCUAUGUCACCUACCAUCAAGUACCAAGAGUGCAAGAUGAGAACGAGGCACCAGCUAAAAAUGAGUCUUUGAAAGUUAAGGAUGAGUCUUUACCUUUCAGUUACUUAAUUGAAAGUAAUGAUUUAUUUGUUUAA